AUGAAAUUGCCUGAACUUAUUUUAUCACUCUUUCUCCUAUUAAGGAGCGGGACCAUUUUGGUGAAUGGAUUUCAAUUCACAUCACCGCUGACUCCAGCAUCAAAAAUUUCCAGAGUGAAAUCAUCAUCGUAUCACGAAUCGAAUGUUAUUGAUCAAAAUAGAAAGAUCCGAAGACACUCCCAAUGGACUGGUGAAAAAAAUGCUGGGCUUUAUAUGGCUGAAGAUAGUGAUGCUGCAGCUAAGGUCGCAUCUGAAUCGUCCUCCGACGAAGUUUCUCCUGAAGUGGAGGCAACCAAUGAUGACGGCGUUGUCAGCACCAGUAGUACUGGCGACAAGGUCACAGGAAAUACCGAACCAUCAGCAUCGGAUGUCGUCGAGAAGCGCUCUGACGAAGUCCCUGUGUUUUUUGCAUCUCCACCUGAAGCCCCCGAAUCAUCUGAAACUCCUGCAACACCUGAAGCUUCGACGGAUUCUCAAACGGAAACUUCUGCCAGCGACUCUGUUGCCUUUUUUGCUUCCAAACCAGAGCCAGCAGAUGAUGAAAAGGACGUUGAACAAGCUAAUGUAUCAGAUGAUGCUUCCUAUGUAUCAGAUGCAGUAGCGUCAAUUGCUGAAGCUGAGGAUUCUUCUGAUGAUUCCUCGGAAGCUUUAGAUGAGAGUACUACUGGGGAAGAGGCUGACAUGUCAGUCAAGGAAAUUCUGGCGGUCGCCGAAGAAAUGAAAGAAAUGACCGAGACACUCCCUACCCCAGUGAAGGAAAAGCAGCCGGUGGAAAUGCCAUUGGAAUCCAUCAAGAAGACUUCCAAAAAAGUCAUUGAAUUUAUCAAUUCGCCUCCACCUCCUCCGACACCCAAGACGGAAGAUGACGAAAAGAUUGAAGCCUUUGUCAAAGCACUAGGACAAGCGGCCAGGGGUACCAGCAAGGAGCUUGCCAUGGGAAUCUUGGGGAGGCUUCGAACGACAGCAGCGAAUGCGCUGACGCAAUCCUUGCCUGGCGAUGAACGUGCCAAGCUCUUGGAGCGAAUGAAUGUUCUAACCAAAGCAGAAGAAGGUAUUGCAGAGGACGAAGAAGAAGACGAGGAGGACAAAGAAGAAGAUACCCGUGCCAGCGUGGCAGAAGAGAUUGCCGCCGCCAAGGCGGAACAAGCGCGUCGAAGUGAAGAAUUGUGGGAAGCAGAAAAGGAGGCGCUCGUGAAACAAAUGGAAGAAGCCGCAAAUGCACGAGUAGAAAAUGAACUAGCCAUUCAAAAAGAACGCCUCAUCAACGAAAUGAAACAAAUGGAAGACUCACUGGUGCAAUCGAAACAGCAACUUGAUGUUGAAAAGACCAAGCUAGAACAACAGUUGGUCGAUAUGGACAAGCACAUCGAGGAGAUGAAGGUUGGUAGCCAGGAAGUCGAUGAACUUCAGGGCAUCAUUGACAAACGUGAAAAACAAAAGAGCGAGCUAGCCAAGGUGGAAGAUGAUCUUAGAGUAAGACUAGAGGAGAUAGAAAAACAAAAGAAACGGAUUGCCGAACGAAGCUUGGCCUUACAAGCUGCAGAAAUGGAGGCUGCGGAACUAGAAGCGACGAAAGCCGAAGACACCAAUCAGGCGGAGGUUGCCACUGAGACUGAAACCAAAGAAGAAAAGCCUACGGAUGUUUCCUCAGUGCAUCCAGUUCUUGGACCUAUGAUCUGCGACAUGGGAUACAAGCGGAUCUAUUUAACUUCAUCGGAAACGCUUGGAAGUCUUCCUAUCUGGAAGAAGCAACGAAUUUAUCGCCACAGCCGAGCCCGAGCCAUGGCAUUGGACAAGGCAAAGGAUAUGGGUAAUGGAUUCCCUGGUGCCAUUGGUCUGGCUGAAGACAGUGAAGGCAAUUUGUCAGUUUUGGAUGGGCAGCAUCGAAUUGGAAUGAUGCAGAUGCUUAGGGAGAUGGAGAACGCUGAGGCCGGAACUCUCUCGCCUGAGAUCACUGGAUACUUUGAGAAGGUCCUUGUCGAAGUCUACCCCAAUUUGAAAUCCGACUCAGUGGAGGACGAAAAACAUGCCGAGUCCAUCUUCCUGGAGAUCAACAAGGCCGAGCCAGUGAAGCUUGUGGAUAUGCCAGGAGUUGCUUCUGCAAGAGACAACAAGAUCAUCACGCAGGCGGUCGAACGACUCGAAGAGCAGUUUCCAAAGAUGUUCUCUGCAACACAAAAGUGCCGCCUUCCUAAUGUUAAUGUCGACAACAUGCGUAACAACAUCUUCGGAGCGAACAUCAUGAAGCGUCACCGACUACGAAGCGGCAAACAGCUGUUUGAUUGGCUGUUGGUUCAAAACGCGGCAGUGGGAGCAAGUUACGAGCUUGAUGUAGGAAGACGAGAAGCAAUCAGUGAAAGUGCAUGGCAAAAAGCGAGCGAGAAUGCGUUCUAUCUCGGUCUGGAAAGUAGCUGGCUGUACAUGUAG